UUUUUGUUUUUUCGCUUCCGCCUUCUGUUCUCGCAGUGUCAUGUGGGACUCAAACUAACAGCUUUUGGGAUUAAAAAGAGCUGCGUGACUCUUCACAGGAAUCUCUUGCAGCCGCCGCCGCAGCAAAGUCUCCUCCUGAGGUUUAAAAUACAGAAAAAAAGAGCCCGGGGGUCCGUUGGGAGCGAUGUCGGACGGGGAACGGUCGCCGCUGCUGUCCGAGCAGCACGACGGGACCAACGGCUUCUCUCCGGGAGGCGGCUCGCACGGAUAUCUGUCAAAACCUCAGAGUUUGGCGCCGUUCCCCAGCGCAUUAGUACCCGGCGAGCCUCCGCCCCCGUACUCGCCGCAGGGCAGCCCGGACAGCAGCAGCGCUCCGGUCAUCAGCUGCCGGGUCUGUCAGAGCGCCAUCUCUGUGGAGGGCAAGACGCACCAACACGUGGUGAAGUGCAGCAUCUGCAACGAAGCCACGCCCAUAAAGAACGCCCCCGUUGGGAAGAAGUACGUCCGCUGUCCGUGUAACUGUCUGCUGAUCUGCAAAGUCACGUCGCAGAGGAUCGCCUGUCCCAGACCGUACUGUAAACGCGUCAUCAACCUGGGACCGGUCCACAUCGGCAGGGACAGUCCUGAACCGCAGCGUCAGCCCGUCGGCGUCAGGAUCAUCUGUGGGCACUGCACCAACACAUUCCUGUGGACAGAGUUUUCAGACCGAACCUUGGCCCGGUGUCCACACUGCCGAAAAGUCUCCUCUAUUGGUCGGCGGUACCCGAGGAGGAGGAGCCUGCUGUGCUUCAUGCUGUUCGUUUUCCUCGCCGCCUCCACUGCAGGACUCAUAUUUGGAACAUGGAGUCACGCGCAGCAGUCCAAAGGGAUCUACGUUUCCUGGGUGCUUCUGAUCCUGCUCCUGCUGUUCACCUUCGCAAGAACCCUCUACUGGAGGUGUCUGAAAAUCAGCGACCCCAUAUCCAGCAUGACAUAAGAGACAGAGUGAGGGAGAAAGACAAGUGUGGAGGAAGGAAGGAAGGAAGGAAGGAAGGAAGGAAAGGAAGGUGAGAGUGUCGGGGUAAUGAAAAGAAAAGGCCAACACGGCGUCAUUGUGGAGAAGAACAGAACAAAAAAAACAUCAUAAAUUCAUGAAAAAUGGUAAGAGAGGGAACAAAACCAAUUUGAGUAAAGAGAGAAUAAAACAGAAGAUGCAAAAAAUAAAUCUCCACGUUAACGCCAUAUUGGAUUAACCAUUUUUUAUGACCUUCCCGGCGUCAAAGAGAACUCGAUUCUAUGAUUUCUUCUUCUUCACUUUUACAAACUGGGGACGGUAGGUUGAAUGUUUGCAGAGAGAAGAUAAAAAUAAAAAGGAAGGAGAUUUGAGAUGAAGACAGAACUGUUGAACUGUUCCUUUAACAGGUGAAUCUUAAAAAUAAAUCUGAUUUGAUGGAUUUAUAAAAUGAGUCAUUGGAUCGGUCUGUGAUCAAAAUGUAACUACAAAGAAGUCAAAACAUCUCAAAGACCUCAAAUGAAAAUAUUAUACCGUUUAAACAAAGAUUGUGUGUUUUGGGGCUUUGUUGUUUUAAUGUGAUGAUUUAAUGGAUGAUGAAAUCAAAGUAACUGCUGUUAAUGUUUUAUUCACACAGAGAGGCAUUUCUUCAGUCUAUCAUAAUACAUGCUUACAUCAGACACUAAUGAAUUAUCUGAUGGGGGAAAUGUGAUUAUUUGAGGAUAUUUAUUAAUCAAACUAGACGGGCAUUAGUUUGGGGAAAGUGGCAUCAUUUUCUUUGUUUUUUUUUUUAAAGUUUUGUAAAUGUCAGCAUCUAGCAGCUUCUCACUGGGCAUUUAAAAAAAAUAUUAUGAAAUCUUUUUUGUUUAAAGGUCACAUAUUAUUCAAAAUCCACUUCACUAUGUUCCUCUAACUCUAACAUGUGUCUCUAGUCCGUCUACAAACCCCCCAAUGAUGAGAAAAGUCCAUCCUCUCCGUCUUUUCCCUGCUCCACUUUUCAGAAAAUGUGUGUUUAAACAGGCCGUUUGAAGAUGUUUCCUUCAUGACAUCACAAAGGGUAGUAGCCCCUCCCCCAGGUGGGUGACACUCCCACAGCUAGGUGUUUGUUCUGCCCUCUGAGUCUGCCUUCUCACCGUAAACAAUAGGACAUGGAGCGAGAAAGCACCGAGUACACCCAAGCCCUUCCAGAGAGGGGGCGUGGUCAGACACAGCUCAUUUACAUAUUUAAAGGUACAGACACAGAAACAGCCUGUUCUGAGCAGGGCUGAAAUAGAGAGGUUUAUAGACAUGAUCAAAUACAGGAUCACAGUGGAUUUAGAACAAGAAACUUCACACACAUGUUUUGAGGAGAUCUGAGACUUAUUUAAACUGAAGAAGAGGAGGAGGAUAUGUCACCUUUAAUUCAAGAAAGAUAAAUGCCAUGUAUUCUAAACUGAAAAAAACAUGAAGAGUUGACUGGAAAUGUAUUCAAUUCUAAAACAAUAAGUCAGUCAUAAACAGUUAAACAUGUUUGAGUCACUAAUAUGCAGUAAACCACUUUAAGCACACACACACACACACACACAUUUCACAUCAACAUUAUUGAAAUCCAACUGAAUGAACUGACACACUUCUAAAAGCUCGCCGAGUGUUUCUCUCUCUCUCUCUCUCUCUCUCUCUCUCUCUCUCUCUGUUAAUCUGUAAAUACAUUCAGUGGAUGUCGAUGAAUUUUGGACUGUAUAGAAUCAUCCAAGCUGUUGCUUCCCCCUUGUGGCUGAUUAAUGUACCUGCUGACUGUGAAACAUGUUGCACUACACUGUACUGAUGUACUACUUACUGUAUGGGUUUUGUCAAUAUUAUUACGCUUGUUUUUUUGUUUUUUUUGUAUAUUGUGAAACAAAGUAAUAAUUUUAACAAUGUG